AGCUGGCUAUCUCCCUGUAGAAAAAAAGUUUGUCAUCCUCCCACCGACCCACAGCCGCCUCUGGCUCUUUGUCCCUAGCGACGCCCUAGCAACGAAAGCGUGUCCUUUCCGCUUUCCACAUUUUCUUUCCCAAUUUUUCCAUUUUUCACUGGUUGAGAGCAUGCUCAGCCAUAUCUUGUUCAAGGGUGCAAGGGUCAGUGCCGGUCAAUGCAUAGGUUACGGAAAAGGAGUUUUAAACCAAAAAGUGACUUACCACACUUUCCCAAAAGAUGAAAACAGAAUCGAAAAAUGGAUAAAACAUUUACACAGCAGUGUCGAAAAUGGAUCUUCAGCAUACAGCCUCCUAAAAUUCAGUGAUUACACUGUUAUUAGUAGUGAUCAUUUCGAAGAAAACUGUUUUUCUUUUUCAGUUACUGGAAAUACCAAAAUAUUGAAGAAAUCUGCUGUUCCAACGUUGUUCAAAAAGGUGGCAGUCAUUCAGGCAAAUGAACAGAUUAAUAUGCCAAAUAAAAGAAUUCUGAUGAUGCACAACGGUAAUGCUUCAACUCAACCAAUUCACAGUUCUAUCAAUUCAACUCAAGACGCAGGCUUAACAAUUUUUGACUUGGUUAAUCGUGUUGCACCCAUCAACCACGUUGUAAAGCAAGGAAUAAAAAUUAUUGCUCCAACAACCGUUUCUAUUAAUGUUGAAGAUUGGUGCAUUCCGACUGACAUUCCGCCUACAGCUGUAACAUCUGUUGAAACGAUGGAACAAUCCUUGAAUGUUGUGAGUUCUCUUGAAAAUGAGGUUACUGCGAAAGCUAGUUCAUCCAAAAAGAUUUACAGAAAGCAAAAUGGAAGUCCCUUUUACGGAAAUAAGUUGCAACGUUACCAGUAUGUGAUGAAAAAACUUCGCAAAAUGGCAAGCAGUUUGCAAAAAUCUGUGAAUAAGAUAACCACGUUAGUUGGCGAAGAGAAUAUUGAAUUAUUGAAAGAAGAUCCGCGAAUGAGAAAAUGUAUUACGUGUGUUAGAAAAAUUAUUGAACAAGAGGGAAAUAAGAACUGUGAUGCAAAUGCCAAAUCUUCCUUCUUAUUUAUUCGGUGAACUAAUUUGGCUAUGUAACUUACUGCAUCUUGAGUUGAAUUGAUAGAACUGUGAAUUGGUUGAGUUGAAGCAUUACCGUUGUGCAUCAUCAGAAUUCUUUUAUUUGGCAUAUUAAUCUGUUCAUUUGCCUGAAUGACUGCCACCUUUAAAAAAAUAUAUAAUCAUGUUAU